AUGUUCGAAAACAUCAAUUCCCCUGCUAUGUAUGCCGCAAUUCAAGCUAUUCUCUCAUUGUAUGCUAGUGGUCGUACAACUGGUAUUCUGUUGGACUCCGGUGAUGGUGUGAGUCACACUGUUUCGAUCUACGAAGGUUACACACUCCCACACGCCAUCCUCCGUUUGGAUCUCGCCGGACGUGACCUCACCGAUGCCCUGAUGAAAAUUCUGACUGAAAGAGGUUACUCGUCCACCACGUCUGCUGAACGAGAAAUUGUGAGAGACAUGAAAGAGAAAUUGGCAUAUAUCGCGCUUGAUUUUGAACAGGAACCGGAGACUUCCAAAACUAGCUCUUCAGUUGAAAAGAGCUUCGAGCUGCCCGACGGGCAGGUGAUCACUAUUGGGGCAGAGCGAUUUAGGUGCCUGGAAGUCCUUUUCCAGCCAUCGAUGAUAGGAAUGGAAGCUGCGGGUAUUCAUGAGACGACUUAUAACUCUAUCAUGAAGUGCGAUGUGGAUAUUAGGAAGGAUUUGUAUGGAAACAUCGUACUUAGUGGUGGUACUACUAUGUUCCCGAUCAUUGCUGACCGAAUGAGUAAGGAAAUUACUGCCCUUGCCCCUAGCAGCAUGAAGAUUAAGGUCGUAGCUCCACCCGAAAGGAAGUACAGUGUGUGGAUCGGAGACUCCAUUUUGGCAUCUCUCAGCACCUUCCAGCAGAUGUGGAUUGCGAAGGCUGAAUAUGAUGAAUCUGGACCGUCUAUUGUCCACAUGAAUGUUUCUAAUUGCAAGAAAAAGAAUAAGAAUUGA